UCACAUUAUCCAAUUUUAUACUCAAUUAAUUAAGCUUUUCCUCGCAGGAAGAAAGACCUGAAGAAAAUUCCACCCACUUUGUUUGGGGAUUCAAACUGGUUACUUCUUCCCAAUAUUUUUCUUCAAAUGAGACCUUCUUUUGUAGUUUCUCUUCUGCUUUUGUCACUCCUCCUUACAAAGUCUCAGGGGAUUCGCUUGGGGAAAGUAUCUUUAUCAGGUCAGCAACAGAAACAACAUGCUGAGGAAAGCACUUUGUUGAAAAGAAGUAAUACUCAUGCUGAGGAAGCUCCUCACUGCAUGGAUGAACAAUGCACAGGAAGAAUAGAGAAUAGGAAACUUGUUACCACUUCCGCUAGCACAACCCAAUCCCUUGCAAAGAAUAUGAAGAAUGGAGAGCACAAGGCUCAACCCCGGGUAAAUGGCAACACUAGAAAUGUGAAUGUCAAUGGGGAAGCAGAGGAAGUAAAAGCAAAUGCAUUGAGUACUUCCAAGCUUCAAGAUCUCUCCCAUGAGCACUAUCCUGACCUUGUAGAGAUAACUGAGAUGGACUAUUCUCCAGCAAUGAGAAAGCCUCCCAUACACAACUGAGUCUAGGGACAUUCAACUAGAAAAACAGACAAAGUUUCGUACAUUAGGAUAAAUAAAAUAUAGACAGACAAGUUGGACAGCAUCACAUAAAUGCUGCAGUUUUUUUAGGCUUUGGAAUUAAUGAUUUGUACAUUAUAUA